AUGCGGGUAAAAGAUGUUGAUCAUGGUACGGUACUAUUUUCUGGUGCUAAUAUGCAUACACCAGCGGUAUUCUCAGAUUGUGGUCAAUAUGAAUUUCUUGGUGAUGCAGAUUGGCAGAAAAGAAGUAUGGAAUUUGUGAAAUAUGAUUCUGAUGAACCGCAUACAGUUGCAAAUUAUGGUGGAAAACUAUAUUUUGACGAUGAUGUUUAUGUGCUCACCAAACAACGAUGUAGUUGUCGGUGUUAA